AUGUCCGCGUCCCCUGAUGAUCGUUCGGAAGCGUCAACGAAAACCGCAGUUUCUUCAGUCUCCCUUCUUCCCGACGAUAGCUCCAGCAUAUCUGGCGAAUCAGUUAAAACAGAACCUACUGAUGACGCUUCUUCGCGGCCGUUUUUGGUCCUUCCAUUACCUGAAAGUUCGAGUUUGUCGGAUGAUUCUGUUAAAACAGAGCGUAUUGAUGAUUCUCCUGUUCCCCCUGUUGAAUCUCCUCGUCCGUCAGUGGAUUCUCGAGUUCCACCAAUGGAUCCGAAUUCUUUCUCUACUCCCUGUCCGUCUGUUUCUCUCUCACAAGGGGUUAAAGUGAUCCAGAUAGAUAACGACCUCAAAGUCGACUUUAUCGAUAUAAAAAACCACCCGACCAAGAAGAUCCGGGCAAGACUUACGACGAAAACAAUCCAAGGGAGCCGAAACGAACUAUCCGACCCUAUCGUUGUCAACCGACUGGGGAUCUAUCAGAAAUGCCUAAAAUCCGUCAGUUGUGGAAUAUGCAACAAAGAUAACACGCUGACGAUGAACAUAUAUUGCUGGCAAACGGGAAGCUAUGACAUCUGCUGUUCUAAUUGUGGGCUGAGGAUACAAGACCCCAAGAAAAUGUAA